CUCUCUCUAUCACACACGCUCUUUCACACUCACACACUAUCUCUCUCUCUCUCUCUCUCUCUCUCUCACAGGAACACACACACACACACCCUCACACAUACACACUAUCUCUCUCUCUCUCUCUCUCUCUCUCUCUCUCUCUCUCUCUCUCUCUCUCUCUCUCUCACACACACACACACACACACACACACGCCCCGCCGCUCGGAGGAGGAGGAGGGACGGACAGAGCUCAGUCAUCCCGCUGCGGAAUCAGACUGAACACACACACUAACUACAGCCUCGCACAGUGAAGCGCGCGCUGCUGCUGCUGUUACCGCUGUGUUUGAGAGCUGCAACGCGGGUAUCUAUAGUAACGACAGUAACGAUAAAAGCGUUACCGCAGACCGUUAACGGUUAACGUUCAACAGAUUCAAAUUCAAAUCUCGUCCGAGAGCGGAGGCUUUUUACUAGCCGACAAACUUCACUCAUAACCUUCAAACCUACAGCCGGAAUGGAGACUCGGCCCUGAACACCCGCUCAUCACACACUGCACUUCAGAUAUGCUGCUGUGCUUUGGUGAGCUUGCAGUAUAUGAGCAAGUCAGUGGAGGAGACACUGGCAAGGAAAAGUUCCCUCAGAAAAGUUCAUCUCAAAGAAACGGAAAGCUGAUGGCGAGGAGCUGAGAGCAGGAGAGAGAGAGAGAGGAAGAGGAAAGAAAACGACGACCCGUUUUCAGUGCCAGGGGCUCCAUAUAACAGAUUCAGCGUAUUACAGCAUUGCAGCUGUGCCAAGUGCAAGUGAUGGCUGCUUACGGACAGACGCAGUACAGUCCUGCCAUCCAGCCCGCAGGCCCCUAUGCACCAUACACACAUCACGCCCAGGGCUACAGCAUGCCUUCCUACAAUAUUAAAACAGAAGAUGGCUUGAGUCAUUCUCCUGGACAGAGCAGUCUUCUCGGCUACACGUCCAACUUCAGCGGGACGCCCCCCAGCCAGGCCCUUUACAGUUACCCCACACAUGGCGGCAGUAUUUCAUCCGGAAUUUUCCAGGGAAGCAACUCCAUCACAGGCUCAACGCCGUUCAGUCCCACACAGCAGGAUUUCUCUGCGUAUUCCAGCUACGGACAAAGCCAAUACUCGCCGUAUUACAACACACACUACAACAACCCCUACCUCACAACCAGUAAUAUCAGUCCAUCAACCAUCACCACAGCAAUACCCUAUCAGCAUCCAGAACAUCCAGCUGUAACAACAAGCCACAGCCCAGAGUCCCACCAAGUGGAAUAUCACACCCCCCCUAGCCCCCCGACCCCAGGGAAGGAGCAGGAAGGAGCUCCAGCCAGACGGGGAUCAGAUGGAAAGCUACGGGGAAGGAAGAGGGCCAAUGACCCUGUACCCCCACUGGAUUCAGACAUUGAGAGAGUGUUUAUUUGGGACCUGGAUGAAACCAUCAUAAUUUUCCAUUCACUCCUCACUGGGUCUUUUUCCACGCGCUUCAGCAAGGAUUCUGCCAAAGCUGUGUCUCUGGGGCUGUGGAUGGAGGAGAUGAUUUUCAACUUGGCAGAUUCACGACUUUUCUUUAAUGACCUGGAGGAAUGUGACCAGGUUCAUAUCGAUGAUGUGGCCUCAGAUGACAACGGGCAGGACUUGAGCACGUAUAACUUUGGAACGGACGGCUUCCAGAGUCCAGCAGGUGGAGGUGCUCUGUGCCUUGGCUCAGGGGUUCACGGUGGUGUUGACUGGAUGAGGAAACUCGCUUUCCGCUACAGACGAGUAAAAGAGAUCUACAACACCUUUAAGAACAACGUAGGAGGUUUGUUGGGCAGUCCAAAACGAGAGGAGUGGCUUCAGCUGAGGAGAGAAAUGGAGGCUCUGACAGACCUGUGGCUCACGCAUGCUCUGAAGGCUCUGGCUCUCAUUAACUCCAGACCAAACUGUGUGAAUGUGAUGGUCACCACGACUCAGCUCAUCCCUGCUCUGUCCAAAGUGCUGCUGUAUGGUCUUGGAGGAGCUUUUCCUAUCGAGAACAUUUACAGUGCUACCAAAACCGGUAAGGAGAGCUGUUUUGAGCGAGUGGCUCAGAGGUUCGGGAGGCGGGCGGUGUACGUGGUGAUCGGAGACGGUGUGGAGGAGGAGACUGUGGCAAAGAAGAAAAACAUGCCUUUCUGGAGGGUAACAUGCAGAGCAGACCUGGAGGCACUGAGUCACGCACUAGAGCUGGAUUACCUCUAGAGGGCAGAAUCUGCCCUUUCUGACUUCGAUUCUUUUGCCUCUCGCUAUUCAUAAGACACAGGCGGUCAACAGUAAUCACAUGGCCGGGCCAAGAACUGCAGGACCAAUCAGCAGGGAGCUGCAAACUUACUGGAAAUAUGUUUCUUUCAACUCAAUCCAACAAAAACUUCUUUUUUCUUUUCUUUGUUUUUUUUUUCUUUCUUUGUCUUUUUUUCUUCAUCUGUGACAAGCCUCCGUUUUAUACAGUGGAGCGUUGCACUGAAGACAGCGGCCCAUCGAAGACCUUGAGAGUGCUUUCAAAGACUCAAAAUUCUAGUUUUAUUUUAUUUUUUUGUGUAUUUUGUUUGUUAAUAUCAGAGACAAUCUGAAUUAAAGACAAAUGUUCAUGUAUCAUUUGUAAAAGGUAAAAAAUGUAGAAUCUGAUUUUGAUUUUGAGGGAAAAUAAUUCAAAUAUUUAUGCUCACAUCUUUUUUCUAUCAGUUCACCAGAAGCUGCAGUAGUUUACUGUAGAUGAGACCUAGAUCAGAGAGUAGGCGUGAAUAAUGCAGAGUUUUGUAAGAGUAAAAAGGUUUUUCUGUACAUUCUGUUAACAGUAGUCACUUUUUAAACUGUGAAAUUCACUAAUAUCUUCUAGAUUAAUAAAGCACAAUUGAGGGAAUUAGUGUUAUGAUUCAGAAUCAGUUGGGAAAAGCAUAGAUUUAGCCAUUUUUUAAGUUUUGUUUGUUUAUUUGUUUGUUUCUGUUUGUUGUAUUUUUUUAUUAGUAAUGCAUUAAUGAUACAAGCAUUGAUCCAUUCAUUCAGGUGAAAAAAAGUGUGAAAUAUUGUGAAAUUCCACUUUUUUUAUUUUACAGUAAAUAUUUAACAAACACAAUCAGUUGUUUUCCUCUUAAAAAUGGCAAAUUUACAACAAAUCAAGUUGAAACCUUUUUUUUGGUCCAUUAAUCCACAUUUUUGAUUAAUGACUGACUCCUGGGUUCACAUUAUAUAUAUUUUUUUUUUACCUGACAUUGACGACUUGCCAUCCUUCUCAGAGUUAAAAGUUAAAAGUACUGUAAAAUAUUUAAUAACGCAUUAUUUUGUAAAAGCCAGCUGAAGAAAGCAUAUGUUAGGACUAACUCUAAAAAAUAGCCAAAGUUCGGAAGCUAAAUCUAUCACUAGAGAUGACAAUCAUCUACUUAACUUAUGAAUUUUUAUAUCUUUUUUUUAUUAUUAUUUUGGUGAGGUGAUUUCUUUAGCACUAGAAAUUUUUCCUGCAUUUGUCUCCGAUACGUGCCUGGGCCACAACAAUCUGUUUUAUCCUUGUUGUUUUAUUUGUUCCUGGAUGUACAUUUGAUUUCUCGUUGCUUUUUAUCAGCUUUACUGAAAUUUAUAUAUGUGUAUCAAUCCUGUACGGAAUGUGUAUGGUCGUCCCUUGGCUUGCAUGUGCCUAUUACACUGCCUGUCCAUCUAGCUACAAUUUGUAUAUAAGGUUUUAUUGUUGAUCUGUUUCUAUGGGCUGUUAUGAUAGAAAAAUAAAGAUAAAUUAAUUGAAUCUCA